CCUGGCUUAGGCCCGAUCAUAUCGACGGCAUUGAUACACGAUGCAGACCUUGCCUGUAUCGGUAUUAUGAAAAUGUUAAGGAGAGUGAGCGAAGUCGCGUGGACCUGAUGUGCUUGAAUGACAUCUCGCGUGACCAUCGUUUCAUCUCGUAUCGCAAAAUGGAGAACGAAUCCAAUCUGAACUUCAGUUCGCUACUGGAUCAACUCUCAUCAGCACACAUCUCCUCACUGAAUCUACUCACCUGUCUGUCGUGCAUUUGUAAUAUUGCUCAGCACCGACCGCAAUUCAUGAGUCGUGUUGUUGGUACGUUUGCUGUUUGUGCUCUCGAGUCUCUGCAUGUCAAUCUACCACCAACACUAGCCAUGAGUCAAGUAAAAAGUGUUCGCAAAGAACUGAAAAUGCAUUUGCUGCGAUUACUAAAAAAUCUGAGCAGUGCACCGUUUCAUCAACGAAUUACAACGUUGCUCACGGAUCUUGGAGCGGGGCAGUCGGAAGUGCUACGCGCACUACCAGCCACAAGCGACAUUCGUAAACGAUCACAACGAGGUGAUGAUAACGGCGCUGAGGAACGGGACAGAAAACGAACG